UACAUUUUUAGACAUUCUAGACAUUUCAGAUGAUGGAUUUUAAACAAUUACAAUAAUUAUAUUUGUUUAAAAUCUUCGACAGUACAUUGUACAAUCACAGAAUAAAUUACAUAAUUAUUACAGUUAUUUAAAAUGAACGUUUCCAAAUUAUUAAAACGAAAAUUACAUUUUUGCACAGAAAUUAUAAAUUCACAAAACAAUUUGGGCGUUCGGUGAUCAGCAAUCCAUAACCUAGCAAAUAUCUAUAUGUGGAAUUUGUUAAUCCAACUCAUAGUCCAUAUGCAGACAUAGUCGUAUUCUGAAAUUUGGCACCCGGGUCCAGGACUCCAGAUGCUAUAAAUGUUUCCCUCCCUCUAUAAAAAAAAUAUAUUACCUACACUAGAUAAUGUGUUUUUUUUAAUUGUAAUAGGUGAAGUACUGAACUAUGCUUCAUGAAAUAAUAGAAGGUAGAAUACUUUUAAUCACUUUUAUAAGGCUUGCCUUAUAAAACUGUUACUACCGGCUAAUCCUACUUUUCAAAAGAAAUUAAAUAAAAGCUAGUUAAAAAGAAAACACAGUUUAUACAAUAUUUAUUUAUAAUAAAUUUAUUAUCCACAAAUUACAAAACAUAAAAUCUACAUUGGUUUUUUGCGAGCUUUAGAGGAACUAUACUCAUUGACAUUGUUCAUUAAUCCCCGUGCGGGAUAAUAUGAGGAUAUUUUUAUAUCGGUUUGACUGACGAAUGUAUAGGAAAUUUCAUAUAUUCUGUCUCUGUGGAUGUAUCAACUUUGGACUGUCCCUUUCAUUUCUUUUUUAUUUAUUGAAAAUUUGAAAAUAUCAUUAUAAAACUUAUGGAUGUGAGCAAGCUGCAAGGGGUUUUUAUAUUUAUUUACACCGUGGAUGUGACAUUUCCAAAAUAUAUUUGAUUGUUCAUGUUCAUUGGUUUAUUAAAUUGGCUAUGGGUUAUAAACUUAUAACUUAUAAGUUAUAACUUAUACCUAGAUACUAUAAAUGAUUUAUGAUCAUUCCUAUGUCCAAUGAUAAAUUACAGUAUUUGGUUAUAAGUUAUAAUAAUAAUUAUAACAAUUAACAAUAAAAUAAUAAUAACUUAUAACAUUAGAUAUAUAUUGUACGAAUAUACAACAUAAUAUUAUACCACAGACAUAUAAUAAUAUAUAUAGAUAUGUAUGUAGCUUUAUACUUUUAUAUAAUUAUAAUAUGUCUGCAUUAUAAAGAUUAUAAUAUAUGUUUUUAUUUUUUCAAUGCUUUAAUAACUAAUAAGCAUAUUAUAUAGAUACUAUUUAAUAUAAUAUAAUAUCUUAAUUCGUGGUAUUAAGUCACAGACUUCUAAAUUACAAUAGAAAGUAGAAGUACCUACACUUCUGUAAUCUGUACUAUCCUACUAUAUAGAAAUCGGUGUAUUAACUAUUAUUUAAGAAGUUUUUUUUUUAUGGCUCUAGUCCGGGAAUAGGCCCAAAAGCCUAGUUCGGACGCUUAUUUGGCAGAAUUUCUAUUUGGGCACCCGUAGGUUUCUGCCGUGCCUGGUUGGGGGAUGGCGGUCUCUCCGUCUAGACCGUUGCCUGCCCAGAGAGCGAUGCCGCCCUACGUCCGUGGCCGGGAUUCGAACCGGCGCCGGUGCGCGUUACAACCGACGCCGUAGUCUGCUCGGCGCCCUCGGUCACUCCGUCCCCCAUCUAAAUUAUAACAAUAAUCUGAAUAAUCGAUUGUUUUAUAUAUCCACGGACUAAGGUACAUCCAGAGAUUUUAAAUAACCUAUCAUUAGUUAUUUAAAGUUACCUGUUAUUUAAAAUCUCUGGGUAUAUCUUAGUCCUUAAAUAUAAAAUAUAUCUAAUAUGAUUGUUUACUACAGGACGGAUAUUAUAAUAUUAUCUUAGUCCGUGGUCCGCGACUACCAGUUGGGUCUUAUCAUAGAACAAUGGUCUUAUCGUACUACAUAUACAUAUUGAUAACUUGAUAAAUCGCUUAUGCAGUCUUUGAUACAAAUAUACCGGGGAGCGCUAGUGUUGUUUCUAGUAUCAAUAUUCAAUAAUUUAAUUUUUCAACUUUAUAAGCCAGUAGUUGACAGUUGUAAAUUGUAAUUGACUUCUCUUUCUAAUUUCUGUUUAUUGUUCAAUAUUUUUAUAUGUUAAACACUGACUGUCUAUCAGCUAGUCUAUAGACUGUUAAUUGUAUAUGUUAUCUGUGUGUCUUCUGUCUAAAUAGUCUGUACUCCUGUGUACUGUUUAGUGUCACUAGUGUUUGCUGUGUAGACUUGUGGUUCAUUGAUUCACAUCAGACGUGUUAAUAGCCACUUCGUUUUAAAAAUGUUGUUCUACUCAUUUUUUAAAUCACUCGUUGGGAAGGAUGUCGUUGUUGAAUUAAAAAAUGAUCUAAGUAUUUGUGGUACAUUACAUUCUGUGGAUCAAUAUUUGAACAUCAAACUCGUUGACAUAAGUGUAACUGAUCCUGAAAAAUACCCACAUAUGGCUUCUGUAAGGAACUGUUUCAUUAGAGGUUCAGUGGUUCGCUAUGUACAACUACCAGCAGAUGAAGUUGAUACACAGUUGUUACAAGAUGCUGCACGUAAAGAAGCAACAGUCACACGCUAAUAUAUUUUACAUUUAAUUACAACUAAGGAACUUAUUGUUUAAGAAGUAAUAUAAAAAUAACUGUAUAAUUUAUUUUCAAAACAUUUAUUUUCUGUUUUGAAAUACAGUAGCACAUGGUGUGUUUUUUAAGGAU